AUGGGCGAUUAUCAUUUUUAAUACUUGUAGCAAUAUCUUCAUAAUGUUAAUUUACGGAAAAAGGUAUGAUGAGUUUGAGAAAACUAGGUGAAAGAAUUAUUGAAAGAAAAGACUGAGAUUUAAUAAAAAUUAGAAAUUUUGGAAGUAAUUAUAAGUGAGAUAUUGAAUAGAGAGAUGAUAACCAUUCACUUGAAGAAAGAAAGAAGAGAUUAAGAAGUUUGGCAAGUGAAGUAUAAAGAAAUUUUGAAUGUCCUUUAACAAAAUGUAAUAAGAAAUAUGGGUAUGAUGUAUAUAAAAUAGUAAAUUAGUAGUGAAGGUUCUUUAAAUUAACAUAUUAAGUUAAAACAUCCUGAGUUAGUUAAUAAGACUUGA